AUGGUGAGGAGGAGAGGGAGGAUUGGAGGAAAAGAAAGGAAAAUGGGAAGAAGGAGAACUCACAUAAGGAAAAAAAAGGAGGAGAAUGAGAAAGAAGAGCAGGGGCAAAAAGAAAUUGAGAAAGAGAAAGAAGAGGAACAAAAGGAGAUAAAUGAGCAGAGGGGAAGGAAGGAGAAUGGUAAAGAGGAGUAUGAUUCGAUGGAAAGGGAUGAGAAGGACCAGAAUGGCAAUAAAAAUUGCCCCCACUUCUUUAGAGCGAUCAUAUCCUAUUCAUUUAUGGAACAUGUGACCAUUCCAGUAGGAUUCCACAAAAACUUGGAAGAUUGUACAUCAUUGGUUUCCCUGAGAGGUCCAAGCGGGAAUAAAUGGCCUGUAGAGCUGGCUAAAAUCUCCGGGGAGCUAUGCUUUGCACGUGGAUGGAAGGAGUUCCUCUCCGACCAUCGCGUCGGGUAUGGCUACCUGCUGGUAUUCCGUUACGACGGGCAGUCACAGUUCUCAGUGACAAUUUUCUUGCCAUCGUCCUGCGAGGCUCCGUACGCGUCUCUCGCCCAGCCGCAACACAAGGACAUCAACGUGGCCAGUGAUGAAGACAAAGGGCUCACGAGCACCAAUGCAGAUGGUACUGCCCCGCAAGAAGAAGACACUCACACUGACACCGGUAUAGAUGGUACACUACAAAAUGAAUCUUCAGAAGAAGAAGAAAAUUCUUUAGAAGAUGAAGAUGCACAUGAUGUUGAAGACACAUUAUCAGAAACUCUAGGGAAUGAUGAAGACUGUGAACGUCGCAUGUGGAGCAACGAUGCUCUAGAACCAGCGCAACAACAACAGGAUGAUCGAUGCAAGACCGGCGAUGGUUUUAUGGUUAGGAAGAGGGCUAGGUUUAGGAAGGUUGAUGAUAUCAUGGCACAAGUGGACCAAUCCAAGAAGUCCAGGACUGCGGAGUGGAAAAACUCUACAGCUCCAUCUGGUGAACCAACUUCUGGGGGAGCAGCGUCAAGCGACAGUUUGGCAGAAUCUGAGCAUCAUCCACCCAUUAUGUCCAAGGCUGAGGAGAUAAGGUCUCCAUCUGGUGGUUCUGCUUCUAUGUCAGCAGCAUCAAGUGACAAUUUGGCAGAGUUGGCUAGUCGUCCAUCAAAGGACUCCAAGGAUGAGGGAAAAAGCUCUGCUACUCCUUUAAUUGUUUAUACCAGGUCUGCUGCUUCAGCAUCUAAAAGAGUUCCUCUCAAAAAAGCUUUGGAAGAAACAACAUCUAGUGACAAUUUGGCAGUUCAUACAGGUGUAUUUGCGCCAGAAUCCGUGUCCUCGAACAUAACCACGUGGAACAAAUCUUUUGAUAAAAGGCUUAGUAAGCAGAAUCAAUUCCCGAUGUUCAACAAGAGCAAUGGUGAAAACCAACCUGGCAAAAUUCUCAUCAAAGUUAUGAGAAGGCCAGGAUUAAUGUCACAGAGGCGUCUAGUAACUCAAAGGGAGAAGGAAUACGCCAUGGAGAGGGCACUGAGGUUCAAAUCCGACAGGCCCUUCACCAUCAAGGCAAUGAGGCACAACGAUGUCUAUGCCUUGUACUUCAUGAUCAUCCCGGACAAGUUCGUGAAAACAUUUCUCCCCAAAGAGAGCAGGAAGAUGACCUUGUGGGACCCACAGGCGAAGCCGUGGAAGGUGUGGUACGAGUACGCUAGUCCCCAUGCGGCAUUCAGCGUAGGGUGGGGCGCGCUGGCCAUGGAGAACAACCUGGAGAAGUGGGACGUGUGCAUCUUUGAGCUCCUGGACCAAGAAUACAACAUCAAGCUGCACGUCUACAAGGUCAUGCUGGAGAUCACCCCCUGCGUCAUCACACCAAAACCUCGCACAUGCGCGAGUGUUAAUUCGCCCCAAUACGUUUUGAUCUAG